UUUGCAAAAGCCAAAGGAGAGGGACGGUCCAAAAAAGCCAGGCUUGGGCGGAAACAAUUUGUAUGUAUAUGUUCCCAAAGUUCAUUCCCCGUAAGAAGAAAAACAGAGUCCCACACCAGUAGUAUCACAAAUUGACAAAUUCUCAAUUCUCUCUCUCUCUCUCUCCUACUGGCGGCGGCGAUUAACUGUACAUGGCAAAAACAGGGGCGGGGUUAACGGAGGCCGAAACGGCGGCAGAAGAAUCGUACUUGAAGAAAGAGCUGCGGAGACUCGUUGAUGCAAUAAUCGACGGCGACGAUUGCACCGUUGAUACCGCCGAUAGGGCUUUACGGACUCUGUCCUCUCUCAAGGCUUUGAAGUUGAAGCGUCGCUUCGUUUCUGUUGCCCUCGCCGCCGCUGACGGGGCCGCGACCACCGUCGUUCCGGACGAAUUCCGGUGCCCUGUUUCUGGAGAACUCAUGAGGGACCCCGUUGUUUUGGCCACCGGACAGACUUACGAUCGGUCAUCCAUUCAAAAGUGGCUCAAAGAUGGCCAACGAACAUGCCCACAGACCCAGCAAGUCCUCUCCCACACAGUUCUCACCCCCAAUCACUUGGUUCGAGAUAUGAUUUCGCAAUGGUGCAAAGAUCAUGGGAUGGACCCGCCAAACCCCGUUUGCGACUCUGACGACGAUGUAAUCACCGGCUCAGACCGGACACAUUUGAAUUCUCUGCUGGAGAAGAUGUCAUCUUCCCUUUCCGACCAAAAAGAGGCUGCAAAACAGCUUCGGCUACUGACAAAGCGAAUGCCGUCGUUUCGUGCACUUUUUAGUGAGUCCACUUAUGCCAUUCCCCAGUUGCUGUAUCCACUCUCACCCGGGAGGGCUAAUACCAAUCCUGAUCUCCAAGAGGAUUUGAUCGCAACGGUUCUCAAUCUCUCGAUCCACGACGAUAACAAGAAGCUUGUUGCGGAGAAUCCUUUGGUCAUACCUCUGCUUAUUGAGUCCUUGAAAUUUGGUACUGUUGAAACAAGAAGCAGUGCUGCCGCGACUCUCUUUACUUUAUCGGCUCUUGAUUUCAACAAGCACAUUAUUGGGAAAUCCGGUGCUCUCGGGCCUUUAAUUGGUCUUUUAGAAAUAGGGCACCCUUUAGCCAUAAAAGAUGCUGCUUCGGCGAUUUUCAACUUAUGCCUUGUCCCUGAGAAUAAGGGAAGGGCCGUUCGCGAAGGAGCAAUAGGAGUGAUCUUAAAGAAGAUUAUGGACGGAGUACUUGUUGAUGAGUUGUUGGCCAUUCUUGCGAUUCUUUCCCGCCAUCAGAAGGCUGUUGAGGAAAUGGGGGAGGUCGGUGCUAUUUCUUGCUUGCUUAGCAUUAUGAAAGAGAACACUUGUGAACGCAACAAGGAAAAUUGUGUUGUGAUAUUGCACGCAAUAUGUUUGAAUGAUCGGUCAAAGUUGUGGGAGAUUAGGGAAGAAGAGAAUGCCAGUGGAACUCUAUCUAGGCUUGCGGAAACCGGAACUUCAAGGGCAAAGAGGAAGGCAAUUGGUAUCCUUGAGAGGCUGGAUAGAACUGCUUCAUUAUUUUCGCUUUCUGCUUGAUAUAUAGUCCCUUGAGCCUUUGUAUAUCCUUGUCUCGCUCUUUAUGCAUACCCUUUUCUUCAAUUGGCACCGUACAUAAGAAUCCCGAAUCUCUCACCUGUAAAAAUAUCACGUAUCCUCCUUUUCUUACUAUCCUGACAAUAAUACCCUGCUAAGCGCUAUGAGCACGAGACUUUGUACUUGCCACUCUAUUUGCAUCGGAUAAAUAAACUCGCCUUAUUGUUGAGUUCUA